AAGAAAUUUCCAACUUCCUUUUAGAAAAUUAUUUUUCCAACUUUCAUAUAUAGCCUACGUCUCAAAGAAAAUUCCAACUCUCAUAGUCCAACAUAUUUCAUAUCAAUCCAAAUAAAAAAAUAUAUUCCUUUAAUAUGUUGUUUCUUCGACUUGUUUUGGGGUCAAUAUUCAUAGUUUGUUGCCUUACGACGCUUACAAAUGGAGCUACACUUGCCCAAGAUGAAGUGGAAGCUUUGAAAAGCAUUGGUAAAACAUUGGGGAAGGCAGAGUGGGACUUUGGUUUUGAUCCAUGCAGUCAACGCCAUGGUUGGGUAGACCAAUCUACACGCUAUUAUGCUAAUAAUGUUGUAUGUUAUUGCUCCUUCAACAAUAACACUAUUUGUCAUGUCGUCCAAAUAGUGAUCAAGGCUCAAAAUCUCUCGGGUACCCCACUAAACUUGAACAAUCUCCCUUUCCUGCAAGAAAUUGACCUAACUCGAAACUAUCUUAAUGGCACCAUUCCUCCGGAAUGGGGUUCUUCUACGGGACUUAUCAGCAUUUCUCUUCUUGGAAAUCGAUUAACUGGUCAAAUCCCAGCAGAGUUAGCAAAUCUCAGAAAUCUUACCAGUUUAAUCCUUGAGAACAAUGGUCUUUCAGGAACUUUGCCUGCAGCACUGGGGAAUCUAUCCAAUAUUGAGAGAUUGCAUCUUAGUUCCAACAAUUUCACUGGAAAAAUACCUGAAACAUUUGCUAGGUUGACUUCAUUAAAGGAGUUUCGGAUUAGUGACAACAACUUCACAGGACACAUUCCUGAGUUUAUAUUUCGAAAUUGGAAAAAUCUUGAACAGAUAUAUAUGGAGGCAAGUGGUUUGAUUGGGCCAAUUCCAUCCAUUAAUGUUACUUUACUUGACAUACAUGAUGUUGAGGAGCUGCAAUCUCAUUGGAGAGAUACCUGCUUCUUUUGGGACAUUCACAUCCAUAAAGAUAUUCGAUCUUUCAUACAACAACUUCACAGACACAGGUGUAACAGGCUGCCAACAAAGAACUUGUUCUCAAGCAUUGCAAGAGUUAAUAACUCAGGAAUUGUUCCAUGUUUGAGAAGCCAAACUACCUGCCCAGCAGGAUUUUCGCACUCUGUUCAUAUAAACUGUGGAGGUGAAAUAACAAAAUUCAAUGGCAUCGAUUAUGAUGCCGAUAACAAUCAAACUGGGCCUUCGACAUUUCAACAAGGUACUAGGAACUGGGCAUUUAGUACCACCGGGGUUUUCCUAGACGAAAACCAUAUGGACGACGUCUUAGCUUUUGACAAUAGACAAGUUUCUAUCAGUGGUGACGGUGCAGAACUCUACAGAAAUGCAAGGCUUGCGCCUACCUCUUUGACAUACUAUCUUUUUUGUCUCGCCAAUUCAACUUAUAGAGUAAACCUCCAUUUUGCUGAGAUUCAGUUCACUAAUGAUCAAACUUAUAGCAGCUUGGGAAGACGCAUAUUUGAUGUUUACAUUCAGCUAUUAUUUUUAUUGAAGGAUUUCAAUAUUAAAGAAUCAGCAGGAGGGAUAGGCAUACCAAUAGUAAAAGAAUUUACUAUAUUUGUAACCGAUGGCACUUUGGAGAUUGGUUUCCGAUGGGCAGGAAAAGGGACUACUUCUAUGCCUCAGGGAAUCAUUUACGGUCCUCUUAUCUCAGCAAUAUCUAUUUUCGAACUUAGAUCACCAAUGUCAAAGACCGGUGGCAUCGCGACAGCUGCAGUGGUCGAUAUUGUGGGCGGAGCAGUGUUUGCUGCUUCAGUGAUUUUAGGCAUCUUUUGGUGGAAUGGUUGUUUAAGAGAAAAGAGUACAUUGGAACGAGAUCUAAAAGGUAUAGAGUUGCAGAAAACUUCCUUUACCUUAAGGCAAAUUAAAGCUGCUACAAACGAUUUUCAUGAUUCUAAUAAGAUCGGAGAAGGUGGUUUUAGUCCCGUUUACAAGGGCGCUCUAGCAGAUGGCACUAUGAUCGCUGUUAAGCAGCUAUCAGCUCGAUCUAAGCAAGGAGACUGUGAGUUUGUGACUGAGAUUGGCAUGAUUUCAGCUCUACAACACCCUCAUCUUGUAAAGUUGUAUGGAUGUUGCAUUGAAGGAAAUCAACUAAUGCUUAUAUACGAGUACCUGGAAAACAAUAGCCUUGCUCGUGCAUUAUUUGGUCCACAAGAAUCUCAGUUGACAUUAGACUGGCCAACAAGAAUGAAGAUCUGCAUAGGGAUAGCAAGAGGAUUAGCUUACCUCCAUGAAGAAUCAAGGUUGAAGAUUGUGCAUAGGGACAUAAAGGCCACUAAUGUGUUGCUUGAUAAGAAUCUAAACCCUAAAAUAUCGGACUUCGAUUUGGCCAAGCUUGAUGAAGAAGAUAACACCCAUAUUAGUACCCGAAUUGCAGGAACUUAUGGUUAUAUGGCUCUUGAAUAUGCAUUGCAUGGUCGUUUGACAGAGAAAGCAGAUGUAUAUAGUUUUGGGAUAAUGGCUCUCGAAAUUGUUAGUGGGAGGUGCAACACUAGAACCUACCCAAAGUAAGAACCAUUCGUUCUCCUUGAAUGGGCUCAUGUUUGGAAAGAGAAUGGGAACUUGUUGGAAUUAGUAGAUACAAGGAUUGGCUCAGAUUGCAACAUAGAUGAAGUGAUGGCAAUGAUCAACAUUGCACUAUUGUGCACAAAUCCUACUGCUUCAGCUAGGCCUUUAUUGUAUUCAGUGGUAAGCAGGCUUGAAGGCAAGGCUGAAGUUCAGGAAUACCUCACAGAUACAAGCAUUUCUUCAAAUCAUCAAAUGAAUGCUAAGACUACGAAAAAGUUGUAUUGGAAACCUGAAGAAGAUGAUACAGAUAUUAGUCAAACGAAGAGUAUGUCAGUUGAUGGGUUAUGGACCACUUCUACUUCUGCUGUUGAUCUUUAUCCAGUUACUUUGACUUCUGGAUAUUGGCACCCGUCAGCUGCACACUCCGCUACUCCAGCAAUGACUUCUUCUCUUGUUGAUCAAGUUCUUUUGGCAAUCAAGACUUACAAACUUCAGCAGUUCUUGGAUACAUGCACAGAGAAUCCUGAGUUUGUUAAGUUUGAACAGCAAGAUAGUGCACUUGCUUCAUGGCUUCUGUCUUCCGUCAGUCAAACUGUUCUUCCUUAUCUUAUUGGUAUGGAUACUUCUGCUCAAAUAUGUAAUGCUAUUGUAAGUCUGUAUGGAAGCAAAACUACUUCUAGGUUAAUGUUUUAUAGACGUGCCCUCCAUUCUCAGCAUAAGGGUGAUUUGUCUAUGAAAGAUUUUUUGAUGAAGAUUAAGGGGUACUGUGAUAACCUUGCUAGUUGUAGAGAGGCCAUUAGUGAUCAUGAGCACUUCACUGCUAUUCUCAAUGGCUUACCAUCUGAAUAUGAGUCAGUAAUCACAAUAAUAAUUGCCAGUCUAGUUUCGUACAAUGCACAGAGUGUAACUACUAUGCUACUUGAUGCUGAAGCUCGUCAGCAGAUACUCAUGACUGACGUUCCUAGCUCAGCCAACGUUGUGACUCAUCAAGCUAUUGAUUCCACUACGUCUUCACCAGCUUAUCGGCCUCUCUCCAAUACUCGAGGUCAUGGGCGUGGUCGCUCGUUUGGCUCAUGUUUCAGUGCAAAUGUUUGCGUGUAUGGUCCUGGAUCUCCUAUAGUGCCUUGGUCUCACUCAUCCCCUGUGACACCUUCAACUGCUCCUUCUGUCCUUUCAUCAGCCUGUCGUGCGACUACUUCGGUGCCUACCUCUCAAGCUCUCAUUGCGACUCCGGAAGUUGUCAGUGACAAUAAUUGGUAUCCAGAUUCUGGGGCUACCCAUCAUCUUACUCACUCUCCGUCUUUACUGGGUGAAAGCACUUCCUACAACAACCCAGGUAAGGUGUAUGUUGCUAAUGGUGCUGCUCUGCCUGUUUUAUCUACUGGUCAGUCUUCUCUACUUACUCGUACGAGACCAUUAUACAUGAGAUCUUUACUGUUUGUACCUGGUAUAACAAAGAAUUUAUUGUCCGUGUCCAAGUUCACAAAAGACAAUCAGGUGAUCUUUGAAUUCCUUCCUACACAGUGUCGGGUACAUGAUCUCAACACCAGGGAGGUACUUCAUCAAGGCUCCGUUCAUCAUGGUCUCUACAAGUUAGGACAUCCUUGCAAAACUGUACUUGCAAAGACUCUAGUUCGUUGUAAUGUACCUCUUGGUUCAACUAAUGAAUUGUCUCAUUGUAUUGCCUGUCAUCUGGGUAAAGAGCAUAAAUUGCCAUUUCCGAAAUCUUCUACAAAGUAUACUGCUCCCCUUCAAUUAGUUGUUGCGGAUGUUUGGGGACCAGCACCAGUCCCUUCUAAUGGUUUUUACUAUUACGUUGCAUUCACUGAUGCAUAUACGUGUUAUACUUGGGUUUAUUUUUUGAAGAAGAAAUCUGAGGUGCUCAUUGUUUUCACUCAAUUUCAUAGACAAGUUGAACGCACUCUGGGUUGUAAACUUCAAACUUUGCAAAUGAAUGGGGGAGGAGAGUUUCAAGUGUUGAAGUUGUACUUGGCUCAACAUGGAAUUGUGCAUAGGUUUGCUUGCCCCUAUACGUCUGCACAAAAUGGUAUUAUUGAACGCAAACACAGACAGAUAGUAGAAGCUGGUAUCUCUAUGCUGGCCCAUGCAGCAAUGUCAUUGUCCUACUAG